AGAAAGAGAGGCAUUGGCUGCCGCCAUCCCACUGACCACUCUCUUCCACCUCUAUGCUCUUCUCCCUCUGCAAAACCCCAAACCCCAAAUCCCCCCUUUGCGUCAUUUCUCUGCUCUCGCCCUUCCUCCGCCGGUCCACUACCUGUAACAUGAGCUCCGGCUCUAGAAUGUUCCAGCUCAAGCUUGACCCGUUAACCGGAAACUCCGAAUGGGUCGUUGUCCAGGAAUUCGAAACUCCCGACUCCCAAACUCCAAUCCCACCUCUUUCCACGACGUCGUAUCUCGAUAUGCUCAACGACUCCCCCAGAAACAGAGCUUUCCGUGAGGCCAUUGACAAGACUGUAACCAAGCCUUGCCACGUUCUUGACAUUGGUGCUGGAACUGGAUUGUUGUCCAUGAUGGCCGCCCGGGCAAUGGGUCGUGUGGAUUCAGAGUCUUGCACUGGUUCUAACGGGAUGGUUACGGCUUGUGAAUCAUACCUUCCUAUGGUGAAAUUGAUGCGGAGAGUUUUGAAGGAGAAUGGUAUGGAGAGGAGAAUUCGCAUAAUUAAUAAGAGGUCAGAUGAAUUAGAAUUUGGCAGCGACAUAGCAUCCCGUGCAGAUGUUCUUGUUAGUGAAAUUCUAGACUCAGAGCUGUUAGGUGAGGGGCUAAUUCCAACUUUGCAGCAUGCCCAUGAUAAUCUUUUGGGUGAUAAUCCAGAAACAGUGCCUUACCGAGCAACCAUUUACGGUCAGCUGGUUGAAAGCAAAGACUUGUGGAAGAUGCAUGAUCUAUAUAAUAAUGAGGAAAACACGUCAGAUACAAUUUGUCUUGUUCCGAAAGGCAUGGAGACAAUAAUAUGUGUCAAGCACCAACAAUAUCCUAUGCAUUGUGAGGCAAUCAGUGAUGAAAUUAAACUGCUCUCAGAACCAUUCAAAGUAUUUGAGUUUGACUUCUGGAAAAGGCCUGAAAGCUCUAGGGAAACAAACUUGCUUGUUAAGGCAACAAAAGGUGGCACUGUUCAUGCUGUGAUCUCAUGGUGGUUGCUUCAGCUCGAUAGAGAAGGGACAGUCUUCUAUUCCACUGGGCCAAAUUGGUUACAUUGCCUACCUGAUGUGAAUGAGUUAAACCUAUCAUGUUCUAAAGCAUGGUGUGAUCAUUGGAAACAAUGUGUUUGGUUCAUUCCAAACAGAGGUUUACCGGUGCAUAAAGAUGAAAAUGUCUAUUUAAAUGCCAUUCAUACCAAUAUUAGCAUCACUUACGUGGUAAAAACAAUUUCUCAAAAUAUGGAAGCUAGACAGUCCAAACCAUAUGCCCAAGAUUGUCAAGUCCUUUUAUCACCAGAAAGAAUUGCAAUUAAUGGGGACAGCAAUUGGAGAUGUUCAAUGCUUGAAGCAGUUCACAAUGCUAUAAAGCAUAAAGUGUCUCCUUUGUGCUUUGUUGCUGAUGACAGCAUUUUCUUGACAAUUGCUAUUGCUCAACUUGGCAGAGCAUCAAAUGUCAAUGUCAAAUCUGCAUUUCCCGGUCUGGGAGAGAAAGGAGAACAGUAUCUGCAAGCUGUUGCUGAUUCAAACGGCUACUCGAUGGAUUGCAUUACUGUUUUAAAACAGAGAUACUCGGGCUUAAACAUGGAGGCCACACAUGAAAGAAAGGUUGACGUAUUGGUUGCAGAACCUUUCUAUUAUGGAAGAGAUGGUUUACUCCCAUGGCAAAAUUUGCGGUUUUGGAAGGAAAGAACUAUGAUGGAACCCUUAUUGUCAAAAGAUGUGGUGAUAAUGCCUUGUAAAGGGCUCUUAAAGGCAUGUGCAAUGCACCUUCCCGAUCUUUGGAGAAGUCGGCAAUGCCUGAAAGACAUCGAAGGUUUUGACCAUUCUGUGGUCAAUUCCACUUUAGGUGCAUGUGGAGAUUUACCUGCAGGGGAAGGUAGCCCUUGUCUGCCCUUCUUUAUUUGGCAAUGUGGGGAGACUAAGAAACUGAGUGAACCCAUUACUGUAAUGGAAUUCAAUUUCCAAGAACCAAUGCGGCUGUGCUCCGGAGAAGCUGAGUUUGAAUUUACGGAGCUAGGAGUGUGCCAUGGACUGGUGUUUUGGAUGGAUUGGGUAAUGGAUGCGGGAGAGUCCAUCGUCAUAUCAACUGGGCCAGAACAAAGAUAUUGGAAGCAAGGGGUGAAGCUUUUGGAGAAGCCCGUGGCAGUACAGAGCCGGGGAUGCAUCUCCGGAUCACGUUGCUCGUCAAAGAUUGUGUGCUCGCUAGAUCCAAGAAAUGCUGACCUUAGCGUGGAACUUACUUUUGUAUGAACUCUUUGCUCUUCUUGUUUGCUUCGCUCGGUCUGUUCUUAAACGGUUCGUUAUGACUUUUUACGUACAUCAAAAAUUGAAUGAAUAUGGACACACUUUAUGUCCGCAUUCAAAUGAUUUUUUAAUGAGGGAGGGAGUAAAUAUUACUCCGUAGUGAGGCACGGGUUGUAAAUGGAGAUAUACUUAUUCCCUCCCUAACAAAAAAUGUAACUUUUUUUUAUUGUUCGAGUAGAACUAUUUCUUGGUUAAAAAAAAGGGGUGUGUUUG